UGGGCCGGAGAAGGCCCCGCUUUCAGGUGCGGUGGGAGUCGGAGGCUGGUGUCGCCGGCUGCAAUGUACUCCGCCCCGCCUCGGAGGAGGUGCCUGCCUUUUUGCCGGUAGGAGAUGCAGUUACCCGCCAGCUCCUUUUAAGCGGGGCUAUCGUGGCUGGGUAGAACGACAACUGCGGCCUAGCUCAAACUGGGUAUUGCAGAGAACAACUACAAGAAACUGAAGCAUCAUGGCAGACGAUAGUGAAUGGAUGAAAUUACCCAUUGAUCAAAAAUGUGAACAUAAGGUAUGGAAAGCCAGAUUAAAUGGGUAUGAAGAAGCACUGAAGCUGUUUGAGAAAAUAGAUGAUGAAAAGAACCCUGAAUGGUCCAAAUAUCUUGGACUUAUAAAGAAAUUUGUGACAGACUCAAAUGCAGUAGUUCAGCUAAAAGGAUUAGAAGCUGCACUUGCUUAUGUUGAAAAUGCUCACGUAGCAGGAAAAACAACAGGGGAGGUGGUAUCUGGAGUUGUAAAUAAAGUGUUCAAUCAGCCUAAAGCUAGAGCAAAGGAACUAGGCAUAGAUAUAUGCCUCAUGUUUAUCGAAAUUGAGAAAGGGGAAGUGGUGCAAGAAGAAUUGCUUAAAGGCUUGGACAACAAGAACCCCAAGAUUAUAGUGGCAUGCAUAGAGACACUGAGGAAAGCACUAAGUGAAUUUGGUUCAAAAAUAAUUGCCCUGAAGCCAAUAAUCAAAAUAUUGCCAAAACUUUUUGAAUCUCGAGAGAAAGCAGUUCGAGAUGAAGCCAAACUCCUUGCAAUUGAGAUUUAUCGGUGGAUUAAGGAUGCUCUUAGGCCUCCAUUACAGAACAUAAAUUCUCUUCAGUUAAAAGAACUGGAAGAAGAAUGGGUCAAACUACCGUCGUCUACUCCCAAGCAGUCCAGGUUUCUGCGAUCCCAGCAAGAAAUGAAAGCAAAGUUUGAGCAACAGCAGGCAGCUGGUGGAGAUGCAGAUGGAGGAGGUGAUGAUGUUGAUGAAGAUGUUCCACAAGUUGAUGCUUAUGAACUUUUGGAAGCUGUUGAAAUUCUCUCCAAACUUCCUAAGGAUUUCUAUGACAAAAUAGAGGCCAAAAAGUGGCAGGAAAGAAAAGAAGCCUUGGAAGCAGUAGAAGUGCUAGUUAAAAAUCCCAGAUUGGAAGCUGGAGAUUAUGCAGACUUGGUGAAAGCUCUUAAGAAGGUUGUUGGAAAGGAUACUAAUGUGAUGUUGGUUGCUUUGGCUGCAAAAUGCCUUGCUGGAUUAGCCACUGGUCUCAGGAAGAAAUUUGGACAAUAUGCUGGUCAUGUUGUCCCAACUAUUCUGGAGAAGUUCAAAGAAAAAAAGCCUCAGGUCGUGCAAGCCCUGCAAGAAGCCAUUGAUGCUAUCUUUCUUACUGUAAACCACAUUACAAAUCUCAGUGAAGAUAUCUUGGCUGUAAUGGAUAACAAAAACCCAACUAUCAAGCAGCAGACAUCUCUCUUCAUUGCACGAAGCUUUUGUCACUGCACUCCUACUACUCUUCCCAAAAGUCUCCUGAAACCAUUCUGCGCUGCUCUCCUCAAGCAUAUUAAUGAUUCGGCUCCGGAGGUUAGAGAUGCUGCAUUUGAAGCCUUGGGCACUGCCCUAAAAGUGGCAGGUGAGAAAGCUGUGAAUCCUUUUCUAACGGAUGUGGACAAGCUGAAACUAGACCGGAUUAAAGAAUGUGCUGAAAAAAUAGAGUUGGUUGGUGGAGGUAAAGUCAGUGGAGGAACUGAUAGAAAAGAAAACAAAGCUGUUCCUGGCAAGACUCCAGUUCUUUCUGGCGCUGCAGGAGACAAGGAUAUGAAAGAUAACACAGCUAAAUCUGGGCCACCAAAAAAGUCUUCCACUACUAAGGCUGGUGGUCCAGUGAAGAAAGGGAAACCAACUUCAGCUGGAGGGGUAGGAACUACUGGAACAAAAGCCAAAAAAGGAAGUGAAAUAAAAGAGCUAUUUGAGCCAGAACUCUCAAUAGAGAUGUGCGAGGAGAAGGCUUCGGCUGUUCUUCCAGAAAUUUGCAUACAGCAGUUAGAUAGUGGCAAUUGGAAAGAAAGGCUGGCUUGCAUGGAAGAAUUUCAAAAGGCUGUUGAGCUGAUGGAUAAAACUGAAAUGCCUUGCCAGGCUCUAGUAAGAAUGUUGGCGAAGAAACCUGGAUGGAAAGAGACCAAUUUUCAGGUGAUGCAGAUAAAACUUCAUAUCGUUGCUUUGGUUGCUCAAAAGGGAACCUUUUCCAAAACAUCUGCACAAAUUGUGCUGGAUGGCCUUGUGGAUAAGAUUGGUGAUGUGAAAUGUGGGAGCAAUGCCAAAGAAGCACUAACAGCAAUAGCAGAAGCCUGUCAGCUGCCUUGGACUGCUGAGCAGGUUAUGUCCAUGGCAUUUUCCCAGAAGAAUCCAAAGAAUCAAUCAGAAACUUUAAACUGGCUCUCAAAUGCCAUUAAAGAGUUUGGGUUUACUGGAUUGAAUGUGAAGGCAUUUAUCAGCAAUGUUAAAACAGCUCUUGGAGCUACAAAUCCCGCUGUGAGGACAUCCGCCAUAACCUUACUAGGCGUCAUGCUUCUGUAUGUUGGUCCCCCUUUACGAAUGUUCUUUGAGGAUGAGAAACCUGCUCUUCUUUCCCAAAUAGACGCAGAGUUUGAAAAAAUGCAAGGACAAACACCACCUACUGCAACUCGAGGCAGUACAAGGCACAAUAUUGGCAGUGAUGAUGGUGAGGAAGGAGAAGAACAGGAGGAGUCAGGGAAUGAUGUCGUGGACCUCUUGCCUAGAGCUGAUAUCAGCGAUAAGAUCACAUCUGAGCUGGUAUCUAAGAUUGGUGAUAAAAACUGGAAAAUCCGAAAGGAGGGUCUGGAUGAGGUAACCAGCAUCGUCAAUGAAGCCAAAUUCAUACAGCCAAAUAUAGGCGAACUUGCACCUGCCUUGAAGAGUCGUCUCAAUGAUUCCAAUAAAAUCCUGGUGCAACAAACACUGACCAUCCUUCAGCAACUGGCCACUGCUAUGGGCCCAAAUAUAAAGCAACAUGUGAAAAAUUUGGGAAUUCCUAUUAUCACAAUUCUUGGAGACAGUAAGAGCAAUGUACGGGCAGCAUCCCUAGCAACAGUAAAUGCCUGGAUGGAACAGACAGGAAUGAAAGAAUGGUUGGAAGGGGAGGAUUUGUCAGAAGAACUCAAGAAAGAGAACCCUUUUCUAAGACAAGAGCUUUUAGGUUGGCUCGCUGACAAGUUGCCCACUCUCCGAGCUGUCCCAUCAGACUUAGUUUUAUGUGUACCUCACCUGUACUCCUGCCUGGAGGAUCGAAAUGGAGAUGUCCGUAAAAAGGCCCAGGAUGCUCUUCCAUUUUUUAUGAUGCAUCUGGGUUUUGAGAAGAUGGCCAAAGCCACUGGCAAAUUGAAGCCUGCUUCAAAAGAUCAAGUACUGGCCCUGCUUGAAAAAGCUAAAGCCAAUAUGCCUGCCAAACCUGCUCCACCAAGUAAGACAUCUAGAGCAGUGGGAGCAGCUUCAGCCAAAUCUCAAGCUGCAUCAGGUUCCAAUGAAGAUUAUUUAUCUAGCACAGUGGAGACUAAACCUGAUGCCAAAAAAGCCAAAACAGGAGGAAGCGCCCCUAAAACCAAGGGUAUACAAGGGAAAAAGGUUCCAAGCAAAUCCAAUUUGAAAGAUGAUGAUGACAGGUCUGGCCCAGUUUUUAUUUUAGUCCCAAAUGGAAAAGAGCAAAGAAUGAAAGAUGAGAAAGGAUUAAAGGUUUUGAAAUGGAAUUUUACUACUCCUCGUGAUGAAUACAUUGAGCAAUUGAAGACUCAGAUGUCUAGCUGUGUUGCCAAGUGGUUACAAGAUGAAAUGUUUCAUACAGAUUUUCAACGCCACAACAAAGCGCUUAGUGUAAUGGUUGAGCACUUGGAGAGUGAAAAAGAUGGAGUUAUCAGCUGUUUAGAUCUGAUUCUGAAGUGGAUCACUCUCAGGUUCUUUGACACCAACACAAGUGUUCUGAUGAAAACUUUGGAGUAUCUUAAGCUGUUGUUUCUCAUGUUGAACCAAGAAGAAUACCACCUGACUGAAAAUGAAGCCACUUCCUUCAUUCCCUAUCUUACUUUGAAGGUUGGGGAACCCAAAGAUGUUAUUCGAAGGGAUGUGCGUGCCAUUCUGAACAGAAUGUGUCUUGUCUAUCCAGCCAGCAAAAUGUUCACAUUUAUCAUGGAUGGAACGAAAUCAAAAAAUUCAAAACAGCGGGCAGAGUGCUUAGAAGAGCUGGGAUGUCUAAUUGAAUCAUAUGGUAUGAAUGUGUGUCAGCCCACUCCUGGCAAAGCCUUAAAGGAAAUUGCAAUUCACAUUGGUGACAGGGACAACACGGUCAGAAAUGCUGCACUUAAUACCAUUGUUACUGUUUACAAUGUGCAUGGGGACCAGGUGUUCAAGAUGAUUGGAAAUCUUUCUGAGAAGGACAUGAGUAUGUUGGAGGAACGAAUAAAGCGGUCAGCUAAGAGACCAAAUGCUGCUUCAUCAAGGCAGGUAGAUGAAAAACCCCAGCGCAUGCAAAAUGCCAAUGCCAGUGCAAACAUGCUGCGGAAGGGAGCAGCUGAAGACAUGUCUUCCAAACUCAACCAAGCCCGUAACUUGAGUGGCCAUUCAGAGGCAAUGCAUACAGUUCCUCGGGAAUUUCAGCUGGAUCUGGAUGAAAUAGAAAAUGAUAAUGGCACAAUGCGAUGUGAAAUGCCAGCACUUGUUCAGCACAAACUGGAUGACAUCUUUGAGCCAGUCUUGAUUCCUGAACCUAAGGUCCGUGCUGUCUCCCCACACUUUGAUGACAUGCACAGCAAUACUGCUUCUACUAUCAACUUUGUUAUCUCCCAGGUAGCCAGUGGGGAUAUCAAUACUAGUAUCCAAGCUCUUGCACAGAUUGAUGAGGUUCUAAGACAAGAGGAUAAAGCCGAAGCAAUGUCUGGCCACAUUGACCAGUUCUUAGUAGCUACAUUCAUGCAGCUCCGACUCAUUUAUAAUACUCAUAUGGCUGAUGAGAAACUGGACAAGGAUGAGAUUGUCAAGUUGUACAGCUGCAUCAUCGGAAACAUGAUUUCAUUAUUCCAGAUUGAAAGCUUGGCAAGGGAGGCUUCGGCGGGAGUGUUGAAGGAUUUGAUGCAUGGCCUUAUUACCUUAAUGCUGGAUGCAAGAGUUGAAGAUCUAGAAGAAGGCCAGCAGGUUAUCAGAUCUGUCAACCUCUUGGUGGUAAAAGUUCUAGAGAAAUCUGACCAAACCAACAUAUUGAGUGCCCUGCUUGUUCUACUCCAGGACAGUCUAUUAGCAACUGCUAGUUCUCCCAAGUUCUCAGAACUUGUAAUGAAAUGCUUAUGGAGAAUGGUAAGACUUCUCCCUGAAACCAUCAACAGCAUCAACCUGGACCGAAUCAUGUUGGACAUUCAUAUCUUUAUGAAGGUGUUUCCAAAAGAGAAAUUAAAGCAGUGUAAAAGUGAAUUCCCAAUACGGACUCUGAAGACCCUGAUUCAUACAUUAUGCAAACUGAAGGGACCUAAGAUUUUAGAUCAUCUAACAAUGAUAGACAACAAGAAUGAGUCUGAAUUGGAGGCUCAUCUAUGCAGAAUGAUGAAACACUCCCUGGACCAAACUGGAAGCAAAUCUGAUAAAGGCACAGAAAAAGGCGCUUCCCGUAUUGAUGAAAAGUCACCAAAGGCCAAAGUAAAUGAUAUUUUGGCAGAGAUAUUUAAAAAAAUUGGUUCUAAAGAAAACACUAAAGAGGGCCUGGCAGAGCUGUAUGAAUAUAAAAAGAAAUAUUCUGAUGCAGAUAUUGAGCCCUUCCUAAAAAACUCCUCACAGUUCUUCCAGAGCUAUGUAGAACGAGGUCUCCGACUGAUUGAAAUGGAAAGGGAAGGCAAAGGGCGGAUUUCUUCCACAGGAGUUUCUCCACAGAUGGAGGUAUCAUGUAUUCCCACUCCCACCAAUGUAGUUUCUUCAGCUAUCGGAAAUUCAAACGGGGAAGAGGUGGGGCCAUCUGUCUAUUUGGAAAGAUUAAAAAUCCUCAGGCAGCGAUGUGGCCUUGACAAUGCAAAGCAAGAAGACAGAGCGUCACUGGCCACCACACUGUCCAAGCCAUCAGUCCCCACUGUUGCUUCCUCUACAGAUAUGCUCCAUAGUAAGCUUUCCCAGCUCCGCGAAUCACGGGAACAAUACCAGCACAUUGAUCUGGACUCCAAUCAGACCCAUACUGGCAUUGGAAGUACCAAUUCCUCUUCUACAGCAUCCAAUAUUGAUGACUUGAAAAAAAGACUGGAGAGAAUAAAAAGCAGUCGCAAGUGAAAUUGCGUGAGACGGUUUGGCUAUUGCAGAGCUAUCCAUCUUUAGUUGACUAAAUUAGAAGUCUUCAUAGUUAAGUGGCCUCAUGCAGGCCUUAUGUAUACAAACUGGUUUCUGUGUAUAAUACAGCAGAUCUUGGAGAUGGAUCCAAGUCAAUGUGGCACAAAUAUUUGUAUAUAUUUUGCUUCUUUGUGAGCAUUUUUUGACCGUAGAGGAGAGUCCGUGUAUUAGUUUUCGUGUACAGAGCUGUAAACAAUUCUCCUGCUCAGUCUAAUUUCUCAAAACUUGGUUUUAUUUGUUAAGUUGUCUUAUCUUAGCUCUCUUAAAUCUUAGAGACUUUUUGUUGCAUUCAUUUUUACUUUUGUGAAUUACUUCUCCAUAUAAUCCUUGAACUGUUUCUGUAUGGACGCAUGGCAUGAAGCAAGUAAUUUAAGUGUCUUUUUGUAAAUAAAGUUUGCAUUAACUCUUUGUGGGAGCAGCAGUGACUUGGUGGCAAAUGUUCAUCCAUGUUCCUAAUUGCUAUUGUGACUCCGCAUUUUAAUUGUUAAGUGAGUGUGUGUCUGAGUCACUAUAGCAAAUGAACUUUCCUUGGGAAAACAAGGAAAAGGUGAGAUACUAAUGUAUAAAGGUAUUCCAGAUGAAGGAAAUUUUUAAUAUUAAUAAUAUUGGGCUUUAGAAAACUCUUGACCCAAAGCCAGAACAUUUUACAUCUUCCAAAUAUUUUCCUAGAAUUUUAAUUGAGGACUGGUUUUAAAUCUUUCUGAAUACUAAAUUUCCUCAAAAUAGUGGAAGUAUUCAGUACUUAAGAUGGGCAAAUACCACAUUUUUUCAGACUAUAAGACGCACCGGACUAUAAGACUCACCUACAUUUACAGGACAAAAACAAGAAAAAAUAAUUUUUGGCCUCCACGCAUUGCAUUUUUGCCCUCCCUGGCCCCCAGAGGCACUCUGCAGUGUUCCACGCAGCCCAUUUUUGCCAAAACAGGCCCAUUUUUGGGCUCCCAAGCCCUCAGGGCAUUGCGUUUUUGCCCUCCCAGAAGCCUGCUCCUUAUGGCCCAUUUAUGGCCUGCAGAGUGCUUCUGGGGGCUGGAGAGGGGAAAAAGGCAAUGUGCAGAGGGUUCAGGAGGCCAAAAAUGCCCGCAUUCGGUCUAUAAGACGUGCCUAAAUUUUCACUCACUUUUGGGGAGGGAAGGUACGUCUUAUACUCCAAAAAAUAUGGUAACUAGUUUUUUUUGUUAAUUUUACUAUAAUCGUGGUGAAUCCAUUUUCUUUUCCUAUCCCAGAAGCUGCUAGCAAGUUUGUGUUAAAUGUAUCACCAGAAAUUGUAAUCAUGACAGAGAUAUUUGGGACUCUACUUGCAAAAACAUUGUGCUUUGAAGUUAAUGGAUAUUGUGACCAUUGAAGGUCAGACUAUUUGUCACAAUAUCCAUCCAUUUCAGAGCACAAUUGUUAGAGAGUUGUGAGACUCUGGCUGACUUUUAUUCUCUUUUAUUCAUGAUUGCCUUAUAAGGUCUCUUCCUACAAGUGUCAUAACAUAGAUUUUCUAUAGUCUCUUUAACACCUUCCCUGUUCCUAUUAUAUGUCCCGUAUCAUACUUCCUGGAAUAUCAGUUGCUUUUAUGUCUAACAUAGAUUUCAUUUACAUAUGUAUGCCUGUUACGCUUUGGCUGAUAGCGCUGGUGCUAUACAGUAGUUCUAUAUUGCAACCAAUCAAGCUUGGUAAUAACCUGUAAAAAUAUAAUUGGUCACUAGGUGCAUAUAUUAUAUGUAAUCUGGUGGAAAAUUGGUGUAAUAAGCGUCCUUAUCUAUAAUAUGUAGAUUUUCCUACUUAGAUGAUUAUAUUUGCCUUGAAACCUAUUCUAAUUUGCAGCCUUUUCAUCUGAAACUACUUCAUAAAGAAUUACUUGCCUUAGCUAGGAAUAUUUAAGAAUAAAUCAGCACCUAUCUAAGUGGGUAAAAUACAUUUUAUGUUUAAAAACCACAAUAAUAACUUGCUAGUGCUAUGAUAGGCCUCGAAAUGGUGCCAAAAUAUAUGUAUUUUGCUAACAUACAGUUUUCUUUCAGUACAUUUUUUGAAAUAGUAACAAGUCCCUAAUUUUUCAAUAAUACACAAGAGUUCACUUACAGAAUCUGGAGAUAAACAUUGGAUUAUAAUAUUCAACAAGUAUUAGAAAUAAUAUUGGAAGUGAAGCCUCUGAGCUAAACUAUAUUAGCUAUUUGUCUAACAAUAUACUUAGCUUCUUUCCUUUUCUCCUUGCAGUGUGUGGCUUUUAUCAUUUUCAUAAUACCAUUUUAAUAUUGAUUUCCAAAAUGCCCUAAAGCAUUUGAACCAUUUUUAGCUUUAACUUAGAACUAACUGAAAUAUUUCUACAGUACAUUUGAAUAAAUGUUACCUUUUACUAUUAAUUUAUCUGUACUUCCUGAAUCUUGGUGAUACAAUUUCUCAAUGGAGUAACUAUGAAAUAUUUUCUAGAAAAGAAAAUUAAUUUUUUUGUCAGUGGUUCAAAGGAUUACAUUUUCUCAGUUAUUAUAUAGAGAACAUAUUUAUUGGUAUCAACUUUGUUACUUAAUGGAUGCUUCUGUAAUAUAUUCAGUUUCUUCUGUCUUUAUAGAGCUUCACUUAGUAAGUGGAGAAAUGUUUGCUGCUGUAUUAAAAGUGACUGACAGCUCUAAAAAUAGUGAGAUCAUUGCAUUGUUGCUGCUAUGAGUUUCUCCGAAGAGAAGGAAUUUUGUUCUAUUCUGCUCAUCUAUAAUGCGUCUUAUUCAAUGCAAAGUGAGCUAUGUGCUUGACCUAUUAUUCUUGGCUUCUCUUUUCCCUUUUUGGGUUGAGUGAAGAGUAGAACUGGCAAUAUAGAAACAUACAAAGAAGCUAAUUUUUGCAAAAUCAUCUAUAACUCAAUCUAGUGUACAAGUUCUGAUGCAAACCUGGUGGCUGGUUCUCAUAUCUCUUGGGCACCAGCAUAUGAGCUAGUUCCAAUGUCAGCAUCACAAUUCCAUCAGACCAUUGGGAGAAGAAGUACUACGUGACUGGUUCUGUUUCAUUUUUAGGGGGACCUAUGAUAAAAUUAUUUUUUCAGAAGAGAUCAUGUUAUAAAGAAUAUGCAAAGGCUUUUGGUAUGUCCUGUUAGUGUUAAAUAAUGCUAGUUUGAGUUUCUCACUGAGUUUGGAUGUAUAUUUAAUUAAAGAAUUUUUGCAUGAACAGAGAUUAGAAUGCUUUCAAACUAAAUUAAACCAAAUAUCUGGUUGGUAUUUAGUAUAUUGAAACAAAUACUAAGUACUCUAUUGCUCUGAAUGAAAAAGCAUUUAACAAUCGGUUAAUUUUUCCUCUCCUGAUUUCUUUUCAUUAUGUCUGUGAAACACAUGUUUAGUUUCUGUGCAUAGCAUUAGAAGACUUCGAUAGAAAUUAUGCCUCUAAAAUACUGUAUUUGUCUAAAGUGGUAGCUUUUUGUUAGUUAACUCAGGGUUUUUUUUUCUAAGUGUUUCAUUUUUAAUGUCUGUUGCUCUAAAUUAAGAGAGAAAUAGUAUGUGUACAACAGUAUCCCAUUAAUCAGUAUUAAUAUAAUAAUAGAUGCAGGAAAAUGGGCAUGCAAAAUUGUCAUAAAUAGUUCCAAAAAAAAUUGAUGCUCAGAUGUUUUCCUUAACCAUUUGUUGGAUAAAAAAAUCUAAUCCAAAUGUCUGUUCAUUUAAGAGUGUUACGUUGAUGUUUUUGCUUUUUCUUUUUAAAUACUUCCAUUGCAUCUGUUUCAUUUUUACCUUUUUCUUUAAACCGUUGAGUGUUUGAAGUACCAGAAUGUCUGCUAGAGGUUGAAGGGUAUGAAGUUACAAAUGAAACUGUAAAUUAGCCUCCUCCAAUGGAUACUCCUUGAUUGUUCAGGGGAAAAUAUUUAACUAAAUAAAUGCUGUUAUUGCCAAACUUUAACAAACAAGCAUAUCUUCUUGUUUCUGGGCUUGUGGGCAUGAACCUUGGACAACACUGGUCCAAAGAUGCCUUUUCAGCAGCCUGCCCUUUAGGUUAGGUAGCAAACUCUCUAAGAAUGGAAUCAAUUCUGUGACAUUUAGGAUGAAAUCAGUUGUUGCCUUUCAAGCAGAAGGGAUCUCUCACACACAAAUAGGCUGGUUUUUCUCUAAUUGAAUAAAGCAUGUGGUUGAAUGCAAAACUUUUGCAUUGUUUGUAAUCCCUACCAUGUUAAAACUCUUCUACCUAUAAUUUUUUUUCCCUUCAGAACACUUUAUUCUUCAAAGAAACAGGAAAGCCAACUUCUUGCAACUUGUAUUAUGUGCCUCACAGAUUCCUAUGUUAAAGGUAUACAUUUAGGAAUACAGAAAUGUUCUGUCAGAUUCUAAAGGUUUGGGUAAUUGUGCAUGGAUUUCCUUCCAUUAUCCAGAUGAUUUAGCUGAUGCAUUCCAUAGAAAUUGCCUGCAGUUGAUACCAGGAAAAAAACCCAAGUGUUUUAUCUAAAAAUCUUUAUUCAGGAAUGUCUCCAGUUUAUUUCCAUCCAUAAGCUUUUAGUAUUGUACUGUUUAAUUAUUCUAUGUCUGUAAACCAAGGUGCAAAUGCAAAUUUUGAUUCCUAUUUAACGGCCAUGUUUCUCAAUAAUCUUUUGUAUCCAUUUCUUCAGACGGAACAGAUGGGUAUAGAAUCCAUAUUUGCCAUCACGAUCACAACCUUCUCC